AUGAACGAGCGAGAGCGCAAGGGCGGACUCUCGACUCCUUCUCGGAAAGGAAAACAGCGCAAUAACCGCACGCAAAGUUUUAAUGGCCUGAUGACAACUGCCCCUGAGCUGCACCAACGUGUUAAGGGGCGCGAGAGAAUGGAACGUCAAUACUACCUGAAUCAACUGGCAUACAAUUUGGAGAUGAAUAAAUCUCGGAGAAUGGAGAGUCUCUCCCUUGCAGCCACAGCCGAAGCGGGCAUUCGCGUCACCAGCCUCGAAGUGCCCAGACACGUGGCACGCGGGGACACGGUGCAGCUACGGUGCCUCUGGGAUCUAAACUCCUUCAACCUGUAUUCCGUGAAGUGGUACAGGGACGACAGGGAGUUUUUCCGAUUCAUCCCCUCAGAAGACACGAAGAUGGCCCUCUCUUUGCCUGGCGUCACGGUCAAUGAGAAAGAUUCAGACGGCGAGCUGGUCGUCCUCCAAGACGUCGACCUCAACACCGGGGGAAGGUUCAAGUGCGAGGUCAUCUCCGACUUCCCCGAGUUUUAUACAGCUGAUAAGAGUGCCGAGAUGAUAGUGGUUGAACUACCUGAGGAGAAACCAACUAUUCACGGAACCCAGCAUGAGUACCACAUAGGUGACACAGCAAGACUCACCUGUGUAUCGGCCAGAUCGCGCCCACCUGCAGAGCUCACCUGGGAAAUUAAUAGUGAAAAGGUUCCUCCCCAGUACCUCGUGCCCAUGCCAGGUAUCAAGUACCAGUCGGGCCUCGAGCAAACCCGCCUCGGCCUCGAGUUUGAAGUGACUAGGAAGCACUUCGUCAACAGUGAGAUGACUCUUCGCUGUUCGGCCAAGAUCUCCUCCAUCUACUUCAAGACUCAGCAGCACAGCAUCGACGGUCAGCUGACUUACAACGUGCCUGUGAUGGAGUCCCGUGAUAUCUCAGCCUUUUCGGCCGGAUGUGUGACAGUCAGCCAGAGCCCCUCAAUGCUAACGCUGACCCUGCUGACACUCUCGCUGAUGGUGGCACCGGUGCUGAUGGCAGGCCGUGUGGACCUCGUCGUUAGGUGACUUCCUUGCGACUCAAGUGCCACCUUCAAGGCCUCCGUGUGACCUGUUCUUUGUUUGUUUGUUUUUUAAUGUUGUUUCUGUGCGGUCUCCUAUCCCUUGGUCCUCGUUCGUUUGCCUUCUCUCGCUGUCUGUCUGUCUGUCUGAUUGCCUUUGGGUCUGUCUUUCUGUCUUGCUGUUUCUCUGGUUUUCUCUGGUCCUCUCUCUCUCUCUCUCUCUCUCUCCUCUCUCUCUAUCUAU